AUGUCUUUACUUGGUUUUAGUGGAACGCAUCCACCGAAUAAUGAUGACGAUGAUGGUUUUGAUUUUCCCGUUCUUCCGGAAGAUGAAAUAGGUGAUAAUUCAUUGGUGGAUGAUAUUGAUGCCGUAAAUGCGGAAACGUUUGGCACUGAUAUUGACUCAUUUGUUGUUGGCGAUUUAGAGGAAUAUUCGAAACAAACAGCAAAGCUUCAACUGGAUUUAUCUGAUUGGGCCAAUGAGCCAUCGUGUUCGGCAGAAAAUCGAAUUGAAGGAGAUUUGCAGAAAUUGGUUUUGCAUGAUUCAGUGCAAACGACUUAUAACUUAUCUUACAAUGGAAAUAUUGAGUCGAAUAAAACGAUCAUGCAGAAAUCACCAUUAGGUGCAUUAACUUUGGAAGAAGUUGAAAGUGACGUCUUACGUUCGUCGCGUCAGUGUUUGCCUUCUGUUCAUUCGUUUCCGUCAGGUGCUCUUUCUGUAACGGAGUUGGAAAGAAGAAUCUUGAGUGAAUCACAAAAUCGUGGUGCAACGAUUCCACGCAUACCGUCCUUAUCCUUGCAAACCGAUCAAGGGCCAGUGCAACAACAUUUUCCUCCAUCUAUGUCUGUUUUGCCGCGUAUACCACCGCCAAUGAUUAUGCAAGCAAUCAGAGCUCGACUGUCCGGCCAGUACCAUGAGUUGCCUCUUCGCUUCUCAAUGAUGCCACCACAAAUGCAUACUAAUGUUCUUCCUAUGCUAACAAAUAAUCCAGAAAUGGCUUUGCCACUCCCUAUGAGGAUUCAUUAUCCAUCAAGGAUGCCACCAGUUUUGCCUCCAUUUCCACUCCAUCAUCCGCCACUCAUGACCAGGGUGAACCAACAUCGCGAAUCUCAAAGGAAACGUGCUGCUGGUCUGCCGUCGGGUAAAACAAUAUCUGAUUUUGCUCUUAGUCCUUACGCUGGUUUCAUGUCGCAGAAAGAGGUCGAAUGGCUCAUAAAAAUUCAGAUUUUCCAAUGUCAAAAUAGCGGCAAUCCAUAUGAAGAUGAUUAUUACUUCACGGCACGUUACUUUCUUAUUCAUUUACUGGUAUGGAAACAGCGCCAGAACGAAAGUCUUCCUAAGACUGGUAGUAUCAGGAUAGUUAAACGCGAAUUAAGUAAUAAUAGCCAUCCACAUCACUAUGAACCUCCUCAGUUUAUCGGUAGUCUUGGAAAACCUAGUUUGUCAACUGCCAGUAAUCCCAGACAGUUAAUAAGCUUGUCAGAUGAUACAAAUGAUCCUGAUGAUGAUGUAGAUAAAAACGCUACAGCCAAAAAACCACAAAGGAGGCUUCGAGCACUACUCAUACUUAUCGAGAAUAUUUUAAGGAUGAUUAUUGAAUGCGAUGAUCGGUCGCACCAAAUGAAGAGUCCGACUUCUUCUAAAGAAGUGAAGGAAAUCUUAGCAAAUGAUAUAAGAUCGAGAAUAGAGGUUAUCCUAAACUCACCUUGUUUUAAUGAAUGGAUGCAUGCUACGCUGCUUUUUGAUAAAGGUCGGCAAAUGAUAACAAGGACACUGAAAUAUACAACAGAAAUACAAAAUUUAAGAGUAAUGUCCAAUUUAUUUCCAGCCUUGCAAUCAAGCUUAAAGAAGGUGUCUGCUGAAGAGCUCAACACAUCAUUUCUUAAUUCGAUAUUCAUUAUAUUCUCCAAUUUUUCUGCUAACAAUUUCCGUAAGGCUAUAAAAUCCGUUCCAAUUGAAUUGUUUGCUGAAAAUAUGGUAAAACAGAGUAACAUGUUCGUUGUGAAUCUUAUGCUUAUAUUGUUAUAUUGUUUGAUGUGGCAUUUUAAUGAAAAUUCUUCUAUAUUUGAUACUCCGAUUAUUUUUUGGUUGAGGAGUCGAGAUGUGCAAAUCUCAUUUCCCAAGGAUUGGUCGCUGCGAACUAUGUCAUCAGUCAUAUUUAACAUCGAUUGCUUUGUCGCUUUACAACAAUGGCUUUCAAAGCUUUUUUAUGGUCGAGGAGGAUGUAUUGGAGAACAGAUAGCUCGUAUAUUACAUUUUCAUAAAUUUGCCGACUGA